AUGCCAUUUAUUGAUAUUAGAAAAUAAAUGCCUUCUUUAGAUACAUAAGAAAUUUAUUAACAAUACUUAUUUCCAAGACCUUCAUCACAAUAUAGAAUUAUCUCAAAUACUUUUGCUAUAGGAUUUUGUGGAUUUUUUUAUGGGAUUGGCAAGGCUUUAUAAAAAAAUUAUUCAAAAUUCAUAUAAUCAAAUAAAUAUUGUUUUUAUGGAUUAUUGACUGGAUACACUCAUCAAUAAUUGAAUGAAAUUGGCUCUGGAAUAUUAAUAAGAAACUUUGGAAUUGAUUAAUAUUGGGUAUCUAAUACAGCAGCAGGAACAAUUAAUUGUCUAAUUAUUUAUAGUAGUAUGCAAUUAAAAAAAAGUGAAAGUGGAUAAUUAAUGAAAGCCUAAAAGUUUGCAGGAGGAAUCUGUUUGAUAUCUAUGUUCUUAGAUUUACUCAGUCAAUUAUAAAGGAGAUUGAUUUUACAAUAUAUUUAAAAAGGAGAUGAAGGGAAGAAAUACUGAAA